UCCUUCCAAAGGUUGAAUUGGAGGCGUGUGCUGGCGCAGUGGGAGCGCGGAGAGGAAGGGAGGGCAAUCUGCUGCGGACUCUAAUAAGACCCAAUGGCCGGUCAAGGCGGCCAGGAGGACUUCAAGUGGACAAAGGACGCCGGAGAAGAAGAAGAGGAGGAGGAAAACAGGAGUCGAGACGAGACAGGAGGAGGUUAGUGUGACUGGCGGACUUUGUGGUGAGCAUCAAGACUCAGCAAUGACUUGGAGAUCAGCGCCAACGUUGCCUAGAAGAAGAUGACACCCAUGAGUGGAAUAUCGGAACUUUGAACUUUGAAUAUCUGCUGAUUUUUUUUUUUAAGAAGCAUUAUGUCCAAAGAUCAAAUCCAUUUUUAUUGUGAAGAUCUCAGAUUUGGAACGGAUCGAGCAGCGACCCCGUCCUAAUGCCACCCAAGCCUCCCCAAUGAAGCAGCCAGGCCGGGCCCGGAGCUCCCACCUGGGUCUGCUGGCUCUGUGGGCCUGCCUGGGUCUGGCGGAGGGAUGCGGGCCGGGGCCCGGGUACGGCGUCCGGUCCAGGCCCAGGAAACUGACAGCCAUGCAUUAUAAGCAGUUUUUGCCCAACUUCUCCGAGAACAACCUCGGGGCCAGCGGGAGGGCAGAGGGCAAGAUCACACGCAACUCCGAGCGCUUCAACGACCUGGUGUGCAACUUCAACCCGGACAUCGUCUUCAAAGACGAGGAGAACACCAACGCCGAUCGAUUUAUGACAAAGCGCUGUAAGGAGUGUUUGAACAGGCUGGCCAUCGCUGUAAUGAACCAGUGGCCCGGGGUCCACCUCCGGGUCACGGAGGCCUGGGACGAGGACGGUCACCACCCUCCCGGAUCUCUGCACUACGAAGGUCGCGCUGUGGACAUCACCACCGACGACAGGGAAACCGACAAGUACGGACUCCUGGCCCAGCUGGCUGUGGAGGCGGGCUUUGACUGGGUCCACUACGAGUCCAAAUACCACAUCCACUGCUCCGUGAAAGCCGAUCAUUCCGUCGCAGUGGAAAAAGGAGGCUGUUUCCCAGGCUGGGCCCGGGUGACGCUUGCUGGAGGCGGACAGAAGACCUUAUCGUCACUGACUCCCGGGGACAAAGUCAUGGCUGUGUCUGCGACGGGCCAAAUAGUUUUUAGCCCGAUCCUGGUGUUCCUACACCAGGAUCAAGAAGCCCGGUCCACCGUCCUGUCUCUGAAGACCGAAGACGGUCAUCGAUUGGCCGUGACUCCACGUCACCUGGUCUUCUUAGACCGUGACUGCACAUUGGACAGCAGUAAGUACAGGGCUUGGUUUGCCAGCAGAGUCCGAACCCGGGACUGUGUUCUCAUCCACGGAGCAGACGGUCAAUUAGACCAUUCUCGCAUCGUCUCGGUUUCAGUACAAGAGACCACGGGUGUGUAUGCACCCUUGACAGAAGACGGAACUUUGUUUGUCGACGGAGUGCUGGUCUCCAGCUACGCGGUCGUGGAAGACCAUGCACUUUCACACUGGGCGUUUGGACCUCUGCGUCUCCUCUCCUCAUUGGAGCGCCUGCUAUGGGGGGGAACUACAACACCAGUUAGUUGCGCUAACACAACAUCACGGAUGGUCAGUGCAGCUUUGGACGUGAGGAAUAGUUCUAUCGGACAGGAGAGAUUCGGUCAUCAGACAUCCAAAGUGCACUGGUAUGCUCGCUUACUGUACAAUAUGGGCGCCAUGGUUUUACACCCCAACACUUUCCACCCGUAGAAGUACAGAUUUAACCGCAACAUCACUAACGCUACCUUCGUUUCUCUUGGCUUGUCUGCACUGAUGCUGUCAUAAUGCCUCAAUCUGACUGGUUUCUUUAUUAUGGAAUAUAUUAUAGACGCUAUCAUGGACAUCUUCUCCCAUGUGUAAUAGUGAUUUAGACAAAUCCAUAGAAUGUAUAUUUUUGUACCAUAUGAGUUGGAAUAUAUAUACGGUAAAUGUUUCCAAUUAGAAUUGCACCACUAAUUGUCCUCACAUUUUUGUCCUGUCAUAAAAUAUUAAAAAUGGAA